AUUCCGUCAGUGGUGUGCACUCUCUGUGGCUCUCAUUGUCUGUCAGUUUGCGAUCACAAGUGAUUUGAUGUGAAAAUGAAUACCAAAAUAAAGUGUUAUUAAUAUUUGUAUAUCGUAUCCAAGAAUCACAAGAAUCGGCUGCAAAUCACUCUUCGGUUGCCGUCGACUGUGUUUGCGAUUGUCAUCCAUUGAGUGCUGCUUUCGGUGGCAAUGCGUCCGAUGUUCACGAGUCAGCCCAUGUGCUCAUAUGGAGGCCAUUCACCGCAAACACCGCUGCCCUCCUCUGAACCCCUUUACCCCAACCCCUCCCUCAUGUCUCACCCGCACCCACACCCGCCUCUCAUCACACAUCCACCGCAUACUCCGCACACACCGUACGGACAGCCAGACUAUCGCGUCUACGAAAUCAAUAAACGACUCCAACAACGAUCUGAACUGUUUGUGAACCAAGAGAGUGACAAUCUAUGGUGGGAUGCGUUCGCCACUGAGUUCUUCGAAGACGACGCCACUCUUACGCUCACCUUUUGCUUAGAAGACGGACCCAAACGAUACACGAUCGGUCGGACUUUGAUUCCGCGAUACUUCAGGAGUAUCUUCGAGGGCGGCGUAACUGAGCUGUCGUUUAAUCUGAAGCGUCCGAAGGAGUCGUUUCAUCAGUCGUCGCUCACUCUGGACUGCGACCAGUGCUCUGUUGUCACACAUCACGGCAAACACUAUAACAAGCCAAUGGGUCCAUACCCUCCGCCACCCAAUGACCCAAUCAAAGAGCAAUUAGCGAAAGAUAAUUCAGUAGUGGUUUGCACUGAAGGCCGGCUUAUAUUAGAGUUCACUUUCGAUGACUUAAUGCGAAUAAAGUCGUGGCAUUUCGCGACCCGACAUCACCAGGAGUUGAUUCCUAGAGGCAUAGUUGCAAUGCAGGCACAACAGGACCCCACUAUUCUCGAACAGAUGUCCAAAAACAUUACCCGUCAGGGGCUGACCAACUCUACACUGAAUUAUUUAAGGCUCUGCGUUAUAUUAGAGCCGAUGCAGGAACUCAUGUCAAGACAUAAGGCAUACUCUUUAACCCCAAGAGAUUGUCUGAAGACAACGCUGUUUCAGAAAUGGCAGCGAAUGGUCGCUCCGCCCGAAGCGUCGCGACCGCCGAGUAAGCGAAGGAAACGAAAGUCGUCGACGAAUAACGGGACGACUGGCGGCGCCGGCAAGAAGAAGAACAACGCGGCGAACAUGAGUCCCGGACCCCCAAACUUCACGCUCGCCUCUCAGGUUUGCGAUGUGAUGGUAGUCGGAGAACCAUCUCUGAUGGGCGGCGAGUUUGGCGAUGAAGACGAGAGACUCAUUACAAGACUGGAAAACAACCAAUAUGAUCCGAGCGCAUCCAACGCCGCAAACGGACUCGAAGACAACGAUGAGUUUGCGUCGAUGGGUGCGCCAGGAGGCGGGCCCUCUGGCAACGGUCCGCCGCCCGGUUGGCCCAACGGACCGAACGCCGGUCCACCCGGUGGUCCCAACUCAGGUCCUCCGUUAUCGGAGCGGUCAUCAGUUGGCGGCGGCGGCGGUAACAACGGUCACACACCUCACGGCCCCGGCUCUCAAGACGAUAACAAAAAGCAAUCACCGAAUAUAAGUCAAUAAAGAUCUGAAGAAUGAAUAGUUUUUUCACAAAUUAUAUAAAUAUUAUUUGAAUGCAAUUAUUUGUAAGCAUUUAAGAGGUGACGGAAUACCCACUCAUCCAUACAUUAUUGACAAACAAAAUACAAAACAAAUUUUUUAUGCUAUUUAUGACAAACAAAUUAUACAUAUUUAAUGUUAAUCUAUAUUUGUUUAAUUGAUUGACAUAUGAUUCCAAUGUAAACACUUUACAUCAAAUCCAUUGGCCAUCAUUUCUUUUAUUAUUUAUUUAUUUUUAAUAUUAUUAUUAUUACCCGUGUUUUCGAUCAUUUAGUUUUCGCGAAUUUAUUAUAUCUACGAAUUGAUGAC